AUGCCCCGGCAUCUCUUUUAUUCCGCGAUGCUGCUGCUUUUUGUGUUGUUGCUGUGCUGCGGCAACGUCGGUGGGGCUGCGCCCACUAAUGUGUCACAGAGCGACGGCACAAAGCCUUCCGGUGGCGCGCAAGGCAAUGUUUAUUUGCAUUGGGACGACGUCUCACAGGACGGGGGCACAGUCCACUCGCUGCGUUCGCCCAGCCUUGUGGAGGUUGGGGGUGAAGUUUUUGUCAUUGCCGAGGCAGAUUCCGCGCGAAGCGAUGGUGCCAGCGUUACUGGGGUUGCGUCAGCCUCCCUCAAGCAAAGUCGCAUUAAUGUCGAGGUGAGCGCUCUGGCGACAGACGCGCUGAACGUGCGGGCUCAGCUGUUAAUGGAGGAGACUGCAGCGGGAAAGGCUGUCGAGAACGCUGUGCGCCCAACAACCGUUGUGACGGACGGACAUGUGUGCAUGGUUCUGGGCAACGCUAGCCGUGUGGAGUCCGCCGGUUCUCAGCCGGGCAAGAAAAAUGUAUGGGAGCUGCUAAUGGUAAAGGGGGAGGUCCGCAGCGAGGAUGGGGCGCAGGCGCGAGAAGUACAAUGGAGCAAUACCUCCAUUCUGACACUCGCUUCCCGUGUGGCACGAGGUACCUCCUUGACGCAUCUCGCUGCUGGCGGAGGCUCUGGAGUUGCGAUGGAGGAUGGGACCCUUGUGUUUCCCUUGCAGGCCACAAGCAAGGAAGGGAAAGUGGCCGCAUUGAGCGUGCGCUCAAAAGGGCCUGGGAAGAAUUGGGUGCUGUCAAAGGGGACGACUGCCGAGGGCUGUGCGGAUCCCGCCAUCGUCGAAUGGACAGCAGGGAAGCUUUUCAUGCUAACGGCCUGCGACGAUGGCUACUACAGGCUCUACGGCUCUGUCGACAGAGGGGGAACGUGGCUGGAGGAAGCGGAGGGUUUACUCGCCAUCCUGGGGGCCAACGCAGGAGGUGAACGCAAGCGCGGCGUUCGCUGCGGUUUCGUCGCCGCAUCUAUUGCCGGAAAGGAAGUGAUGCUUCUCACUCUGCCGGUGUACACUGAGGCAAAAGACGACAAAAGGAGAGGAGAACUUCAUCUUUUUGUGACAGACAAUCAACGCAUCUUUGACGUUGGGUCGAUAUCGCGUCAGGGCGAGGACGCUACUGCCAGUUCUCUUCUGCUUCAGGGCGAGAAUGGGGAGUUGAUUUCACUCUACGAGCGGAGCAGUGAUGGUGAAGCACGCAGUCUUGUGUCGGUGCGCCUUGGCGCGGAGCUGGGUCUGAUAAAGACCCUUGCAAAGGCCUGGGCCGCACUGGACAACGCCUUGAGCACCUGCACCGCCACGGCCGAGGAUGGGCUGCUCUCACAGCGCAUCUGCCUGGUCCCCAUGCCCACGAGAGGGCUGGCUGGCCUUUUGUCAGGUCCAGUCACGGGGAAUAAGUGGAGAGAUGCGUACUUUGGUGCGAACGCCCUUGUAAAGGACGGUGUCAGCGCGGCCAGGGGUGUGACUUUCAAGGGUCCUGGCGCAGGGGCGAAGUGGCCGGUGGGCGAUCAGGGGAGCAUUCUGCUCUUCCCGUUUGCAGAUUCCCAGUUCACGCUUGCGGCAACCGUCACCAUCCACGAGGCUCCGACGGGCGACCUCUCCCCUUUGUUGGGUCUCAGGGUUAGCGAGACGGACACCGCGGCACUCUUUGGCCUGUCGUACAGCCAUGAGAGGACAUGGACCCCUGUCAUCGGCACUGAGCCCGUGAGGCUGGAGGAGGUGUGGGAGCCGCACAAAUCCUACCAGGUGACGCUUGUUCUGGACUCGGACGCGUGCUUGGUGUACGUGGACGGGGCGCUGCUGUACGAGGGCGAAGCGGAGCCUAUCGCUGAAGUGCUUGACGUGCAUCGCGCCCCACACUUCUACAUUGGCGGGUACGGCGCCAGUGACGCCGCCGCAGCUGGUAUACAUGUGACAGUGGCCAACGUGCUUUGGUACAACCGCGCCCUGCGCGACGAGGAGGUGGCGGCUCUGGCCACUAACAAGGAGAGCCUGCUGGUACUGGAGGCCGACAAGCUGUCCUGGGUGCCGGAAAUUGCCGCGCACAAAUAUACGUAUGUUGGCGCGGAUGCCCCGCAUGACACGGAGGUGGUGAGUAAAAAUGAAAGUGCUGCUGCGCCGCCAACUGCGCCGCCAUUGGCGGACGCGGAAGUCGGUCAAAAUGACGCUGCGAGGGCGAACAGUGAGGCUGCACCGCGCCAAAAGGCGGUGGAACCCUCCCCGAACGAAGUCGCAGCUCAGUCGCUGCAGCACAAAGAAGAGGCACUGGAGGACGACAGCAAGAACGACACCGCGCCCUCAGUCGUGUCGGCUCCUGCGGUGGCGGAAGCGGAGGCGGCGCCGGCCAAUGAGACCGCUCUGCCGAACAAAACUACAACCGCGGGCCUCGAAAAGAACUCCGCCGAUGGCAAAACCGCGCAGAAUGCCAAUCACAGCAAUGUUGCGCCCAGCGGCGCCGAAUUGAGGUUCAGCACGGAUCCCACACCCGCUCCUGCACCCGAGGCAGACGCACCUCCGGUUCAAAAUGGCACGAAAUUGUCCGCGCCUGUUGGCGCCGCCCCGCCCAAUGCGAGCGGCACGCCUGUGCCUGGGGAAGCCCCUGCCGACGCCCAGCACAUUCCUGGCUCGGACGAGCCAGCCCUAUAA